AUGACACCUCCUCUUGGAUCCUCGGUCCCAGCCGUUACCACCGCCUUGAAGGCUGGUGGCAAAAUCGACAAGGUAGCAAAGGUCAAGCCUCGCAACAAGGUUAUCGAUGGUUUCUUCAACGGCAGUAAAACAUCGGAAGAAUUGCUGAGUGAAAUCCAUUCACUUGCAGCUACCAAGCACGAGUUCAUGGUGACUACUAGACGAGAUCUUCACCGAAAUCCAGAACUCAUGUACAAUGAGAAAGAGACGUCUGCCUAUAUUCAGAAAGCUCUCAAGAAGCUGAAGAUUGCCUUCACCACAGGGUGGGGCGUCAAUACCAAUCCCGACAGGAUACCGGGAGAGGGAGGAUAUGGAAUCGUUGCGGAUAUCGGAACACGAAAGGAGCCUUGCGUGCUGCUUCGUGCUGACAUGGAUGCUCUUCCCAUUUUCGAGGAGACGACUAACAUUGAUGAUUUCAAAUCCAAGAAUCCUGGAGUGAUGCAUGCCUGUGGCCAUGAUGGUCAUACGGCUAUGCUUCUUGGUGCAGCAUCCAUCCUGAAAGGAAUGGAGCGAAGUAUCAAGGGAACCGUCCGUUUGAUUUUCCAACCUGCCGAAGAGGGUGGUGCUGGUGCCAAGAGAAUGCUUGAAGAAGGACUCUUGGAAGAGGAACCGAGACCACAACAUGCAUUUGCUAUGCAUGUCAACCCAAAGGUCCCAACUGGUAUUGUUGCUUCUCGACCUGGAACCGUCAAGGCAGCAGCCGAGCGCUUUGAGAUUACGAUUACAGGUGUAGGAGGCCAUGCUGCCAUGCCUCACUUGACAGUGGACCCAAUCGUGACUUCCGCGUCGAUUGUAAUGAACUUGCAGACCUUGGUAUCAAGAAGCUUGAGUCCACUGGAGAGUGGCGUCUGCAGUAUCACCAAGUUUGAUGCUGGAAGCGCUUUCAAUGUUAUUCCAGCAAACGCCAUCCUUCGUGGAACGAUCCGUGCCUUGACCACUGAAAUUCUCAUGGAUUUGAAGGACAAGGUCGAACAGAUUGUCACUCGGACAGCUGAAAUGCAUGGUUGCGAAGUCGGUAUUCUAUAUUCUGCCGACUGGUACCCUCCAACCAGAAACGACGAGCAACUUUAUGAGGAAUUUUCAAAGGAAAUUGGAGCCAUGGUGUCAAAAUCCGGUGAGGUGUUGGAAUUGGACCCAGGAAUGGGAGCCGAAGACUUUGGCUUUAUCGCAGAGGAAAUCCCAUCAACCUACUUUAUGAUCGGAUCCGGCAGCGGAACGGAGCCACCAACAGACUUUGGAUUGCACCAUCCCCGUUUUGCGUUGGACGAAACCAUCUUGCCUCAAGGAGCAGAACUUCAUGUGAACUUGGCAUUGCGCUGCCUUCACAUGCUCGGGGAGGUUGACUCGGACUCGCACGUGUGA